UGGAACAGAAACCAAAACAAAAAGGGGCUGAUUAAUCAGCUGAAUGGUUUCCUCGUUUCGUUGCUGAUUUGGCUGCUAGAGUGGUUGAAAAAGUUCCUUCCUAUUCCUUUUCCCGAAAAUGGCGAGCGGUGGUGUGGAACCCAAUAUAAGCAAAUAUUUCGCCAAUGAUCCACCGAGCUGUUUCGAUAGUUUGACCGCCGGCGAAGAAGGUCUCUCGCAGGGAGCAAUGGCGGAAGCGUACCUGUCCUACGACUACCUCGCCAGCAGCUCGAUGGACCUGCAAUCCCAACCCAACAUUCCGGACGGCGUGCGCGAUCUGUGGCAGCCGCCCAGACGGACGGCACCGGGCGGCCUGCCACCCGCCAACCUAACCAUGCCCGGCGUAAGCGUGGCGACCGAUCUGACCGAUCCGGUGCAGGACGCGGUCGGGUUGCUGGUCGACGCGAGCGAGGCGCAGCAGCGCAAGCUGCUCCUCCCGGACAACGUAACGCAGGACGAGCGGGGAUUGCGCGAGCUGAUAGAGAACGGGUGCUUCCGGUCGGCGGUGAACCUGACCGCCCGGUUGCUCACGAUCAAGCAGCAGGGUUUCGGGCACGCGGGGCAUCCGGUGAAGCACAGUCCCAACUCGCUGCAGCUCUGGUUCACCCGGCUGGCGCUGCUGGUAAAGCUCGGCCAGUACGAGAUAGCGCGCGUCGAGGCGGAACCGUUCGGUGCACUCAGCAAUCCGGACGUGUUUUACGAGUUCUACCAUCCGGACAUGCACGCGGACAGGAAGGGCUCGAUGGCACCGUUCUCCUUCCGGCUGCUGCUUGCCGAGCUGCCCGUCUAUCUCGGUGCGCCACGUGUCGCGCUCGAUCGGCUGACCGAUCUGUUGGCGGUGGUGCAUCAAAUCCGCUGCUACUUCGAGCGAACUGCCGGCCUGCCGAACGGUGCCGUGCCCCAUGCGCAGGAAGCGUUCGGCUUUUGGACCGCGCGCGAAACGCGCGUCCUGCAUUCCAUCGUGAACUGUGCGCUGGCGGUGAAAGAUUUCGGGCUGGUCGAGCAGCUCAUGGAACGGCUGGCCGGGGCAGCGGCCAACCCGCAGAAGCGCAUACUCCUGUCUGCCUGGGGCCGGAUGCGGCUGCAGUGUGGCGAUAUGGCGGGUGCGGAGAAAAAGUUUGCCGAAGCUCGAAGGCUCAAAGAGGAGAAAGCCUCCGAGGUGCCGGAUCUGAUCGACCGGGGGCUGCUGGCCGUCGCCCAGAACGAUUUCCAGAGCGCAUUUGAGCUGUUCCAGAAGGCGUCGGCGGCCGCGCCCUCCAACACGAUGCUGUACAACAACAUGGGCGUGUGUUUGCUGUACUCGGGCAAGCUGAAGGAGGCGAUCAAGCUGUACGAGGGCGCAAUCGAGCGUAACACCAAGGCUUGUCUGAACGAGUCGCUGCUCGUGAACCUGUCCACGCUGUACGAGCUGGAGUCGAACCAUGCGAAGGAGAAGAAGAUUAAGCUGCUGAAGCUGGUCAAUCGGCACCGGGCCGACCUUACGGUCGGGCUGGACGUUUGUCUCAAGCUGCAGACGACUGUGUAGGCGGGCGGCAAGGGCUAAGUGAUGCAGAGGAUAAAGACAAUUAUAUUUAUGCUUUGUAGGCAGCCGUAGUGACGCAAUAUAGAACUGUUUUUUUAGGUUUAAAUAUUAAUUUUAAAAGGCUUCAAAAGGUAUUUGGUUCGUAAGUAGACAAGGUAGAAAUCCAGCUAAUGCAAUUAAGAUUGAUCAUGUGAAAGGAAUGGAAAGGAAGAGAAAAAAAACAUCUGUGCUUAUAAAGUAUUCAUAAUAAAGAAAAAGGACUAAAAAUAAGAAAGCCAACGCUCUCGAGUG